CCCCUUUGCGGCAUUGCGGGGAGCACCAAGUUCGGACACCGCCUUUAGGCAGAGCUCACUUCCAAGUUUCGGCGUCACUGCAUCACUGCCUUCUUCUUCUAGCCACGCUGGUCGUGUUCUAAGCUUUGUUACUUUCGAACAUCGGGUACCUGCGACGAAUACGAAAUACUUUGUUCUUGAUCACCUGCCCAUGACGCCCUGUCUCGGCACUGAAUAGGCCCGUCCGGUCCCCCCGCGUCAUUCCAGCCUCCGAACGUUACACUGCCACAACCCCAUCAUAGCGCAGGGCGCUUCUCGUCUUUUCCAAGGCGAAACUGAAUAUUUAGCUGGCCUGGCUUCUUCUCAAGUAGCUAUGGAUGCUACUACAACCGCUCUAUCGCUGGCCGCAACAGCGGUCUCUACUUUGAUCGCUGCGACUUCUCUGCCCGGUCCGGUAUCAUCUCUAGGCACCUCCGCAUCGCCGUUGCCCUCAUCAUCCAUGGUGUACUACCAUGGAGAUCCCUCAUCGGGUCAGGAUCCAAACGGUGAAGAUGAUGGCGAGUGUAAACUCCUCGGACCUUUUUCUCUGCUCGUCCAGGCCGCUUUGGGAGCAUUGGCGCUGCUAUCAUUGGUGUACAAGCGAUGGAGGGAACGGCCACAGCGGCCACUGAAAGUGUGGGCGUUUGAUGCGUCGAAACAAGUAUUUGGAUCGGGGAUGCUUCAUCUAGCAAAUCUUUUGAUGUCCAUGUUCUCGGCGGGCCAGUUGGAGAUUCGAACGACGUACAAGCCGAACCCUUGCUCUUUCUACUUGCUGAAUCUGGGAAUCGAUACAACUCUCGGUAUCCCCAUUCUGAUCUUAAUCCUCCGCAUCCUGAACCGCCUAGCCUCCUACACACCCCUCGCCAACCCACCCGAAUCGAUCGAAUCAGGAAACUACGGCCAACCGCCGCGAGCCCUAUGGUGGCUCAAGCAGUCAAUGAUUUACUUCAUCGGCCUUCUCGGCAUGAAGGUCUGCGUGUUCAUCCUGAUAUCGUUAUUCCCCUUCAUCGUGAAGGUCGGCGACUGGGCCCUGGGCUGGACCGAAGGAAAUACUGCAUACCAGAUUGCCUUUGUCAUGCUCCUAUUCCCCGUCAUCAUGAACGCCAUCCAGUACUACAUCAUCGAUCAUUUCAUCAAGAAACCUCUCUCAUACGACCUUUACACCGAACCCGACACGAUGGAGGACGAGGAGGAUAUCCACCGGCGAGAAGCUCUGUUGGGUGGGCUGGACGAAGCUUACUCCACUGACUCUGACGACGAAGGAACAAUCGGAAAGCCGUCAGUCACAGUGUCUCAACCAAAGGCUACUGCAAAUGCCCUUCACGAUGCAGAGGACGUCCUCACGGACGAUUUCUCCCCGGUUCCACCCUAUGAGCCGCCGAGCUCGAGCUCUAGUAGCGGCCGCAACGAACGCGAUCGUGAACAGAAACGCGAUUUGUGAAGUCUUCGAAGAGAAAAAUUGCAACAAGAUACGACCUGAAUACGAGCAAAGUCAUGUUUAUGGGCGUUGGAAAUUGGUUUCUUUACUCGGAUUGUUACUCGGAUGCCUCGGAUUGUUGCUUUUGGGCUUUUCUAUGAUUCAUGUGUAUACGAACAUAUGCUACCAACAAAUUACGGGUUCUCCUCUUUUAAAAGGCCCAAAUUCAUAAAAUAAUAAGAAGAAUGCGG